AUGGUCAGCCGCGGUGGUGAUGCAGUACCUAAUCAGUCUGUGUCACCGGAGAGGCCUCAUGCAAAUCUUGAUAUACAUGUAACUGAAGAAGAAAAUGAUUGCCCGAUCGAGCAAGUGCGGCUAACGGUUUCACCCACGGACGAUCCCUCCCUUCCAGUCCUGACUUUCAGGACAUGGUUUCUCGGCUUGUUGUCAUGCAUUAUGCUUGCAUUCCUGAACCAGUUCUUCGGCUAUCGACAGAACAGCCUGUACAUUUCUUCUGUGACAGCACAGAUUAUCACUCUCCCUAUCGGAAGGUUGAUGGCAUCCACUCUUCCUACGAAAACAUUUCAUGUGCCAUUUACGACGUGGUCGUUCUCGUUGAAUCCAGGACCCUUUAAUCUCAAAGAACAUGUUCUUAUCACAAUAUUUGCUGGGUGUGGUGAUGCCGGUGUUUAUGCUGUGAGUAUCAUCACCAUUGUUAAGGCAUUCUAUCACCGGCAACUUCAUCCAUUGGCGGCAUGGUUUCUGUCUCACACUACACAGUUGCUGGGAUAUGGGUGGGCUGGUAUAUUUAGGGACACCCUAGUGGACUCCCCAUAUAUGUGGUGGCCUGAAAACAUGAUUCAGGUGUCCCUAUUCAGAGCAUUACAUGAAAGGGAAAAAAGACCAAAGGGAGGACUUACCAGACUACAAUUCUUCUUGACAGUUUUUGUGUGCAGCUUUGCUUAUUACAUAAUUCCAGCUUAUUUAUUCCCUUCAUUAUCUGCCAUUUCUGUCCUCUGUUUGAUUUGGAAGAAAUCCAUAUUUGCGCAACAACUCGGGUCAGGUCUACAUGGACUGGGAAUUGGUUCGUUCGCUUUAGACUGGUCUUCUAUUGUUAGUUUCAUAAGCAAUCCUAUAUCUUCACCCGCAUUCGCAAUUAUUAAUACCCUUGUGGGAUUUUUCCUGGUAAUGUAUGUUUUAAUUCCCCUUGUUUACUGGCUCAAUGCAUACGAGGCCAAGAAGUUUCCUAUCUUCUCCUCCCACACGUAUGAUUAUACAGGAAAUAUUUACAAUAUUUCGCGUGUUUUGGAUAAGAAAACGUUUGACCUUGAUGUAGCUGGAUUUGAAAGUUACAGCAAACUCUAUCUUAGCGUUUUCUUUGCCUUCACUUAUGGCCUUGGCUUUGCCAGCCUAGCUGCUACUAUCUCACAUGUGGGACUUUUCCAUGGAUCAACAAUUUGGGAAUUCUGGAGCAAAGCAAAGACGGAAAAAGGGGACGUGCACACAAGAAUAAUGAAGAAGAACUAUGCAGCAGUUCCUGACUGGUGGUUUUAUGUGAUACUAGCUGUAGUGUUCGCUCUUGCGCUGUUAGCAUGCGAAGGUUUUGGCAAACAACUCCAGCUCCCAUGGUGGGGACUCCUAUCAGCCUGUUCAAUUGCUUUCUUCUUCACAUUGCCAAUUGGAGUAAUACAAGCCACAACAAAUCAGCAAAUAGGGCUGAACAUAAUCACUGAGUUGGUUAUAGGAUAUAUUUACCCAGGGAGACCUCUUGCAAAUGUAGCUUUCAAGACAUACGGCUACAUAAGCAUGUCACAAGCCCUUGGUUUCCUAAGAGAUUUCAAAUUAGGACACUACAUGAAGGUCCCUCCCAGAUCCAUGUUCGUUGCUCAGCUGGUUGGAACAAUAGUUUCUUCUUCCGUUUACUUCGGCACGGCCUGGUGGCUCCUAACGACAGUAAAGCACAUCUGUGAUCCGGCUUUAUUGCCCGAAGGAAGUCCCUGGACUUGCCCUGGUGAUGAUGUGUUCUACAAUGCCUCAAUCAUAUGGGGAGUGAUAGGGCCGAUGCGCAUGUUCAAUAGAGGUGUUUACCCAGAGCUGAACUGGUUCUUCCUUUUUGGUAUGUUGGCACCCAUACCAGCGUAUCUGCUUACGUGCAAAUACCCUGAAAAGAAAUGGAUAAGGCUGAUCAACGUGCCCCUCAUUCUUGGUGCCACAAUGUCCAUGCCACCAGCUCGGUCUGUGAACUAUUUGAUGUGGGGCGCAGCUGGAAUUUUCUUCAACAUAUAUAUCUACAGAAAAUACAAGCAAUGGUGGGCUAGACAUGCUUACAUUUUGGCUGCUGCGCUUAAUGCUGGAAUCGCAUUCAUGGGAGUGCUGCUUUACUUUGCACUGCAAUCUAAAGAUAUUUCUGGUCCUGCUUGGUGGGGUUUGAGCGCUGAUGACCACUGUCCUCUGGCUACAUGCCCAACAGCCCCUGGGAUAGAGGUCGAAGGCUGCCCAGUUCAUUGACCAGUUGUUCCCAGUUUAAUUUCAG